AUGAAUUUGAAGCAAGGGACCAAGCUAUUGACCGAUAUCGCAAUAAGAGUAAAACAUGCCAAUCUCUUCCUCCUCGCCGGAAUCAAAAAACGGGUGCUGCAAAAGCUGAGCCGCCGACCACCUCUCUCUCGGAUCCCUCAUCAAACACCUAGCGAGCAUGUCCCUGGCCGCAUCGGAAAAUCCGCCGGGCACCACCGGCGAGUCGUCCGAGAACGCGAUCCUGUAAAGCGCCGCCGCGGGGUCCUUCAUCUCCGGCCAGGGACCGGAUCCGGUGCCCAUCUCGACGACCGUGCAUCCGAAGGCCCACACGUCCGCCGCGAAGCCCUGCUCCUCGCCGCGGGCGACCUCCGGCGCCAUGUACGCCGGCGUGCCGGAGAACGACCCGGGGCCGGGGCCGACCCGCCUCGCGCACCCGAAGUCGGCGAUUUUGAGCCCGCCGCCGUCGCCGAAGAGGAUGUUCUGGCCCUUGAUGUCGCAGUGGGCGAGCCCCUCCCGGUGGAGGUAGCACAGCCCCAGCAGGAUAUGGCGCGCGUGGGCGCGAAUCGCGGUCUCCGCGAGGGCCCCACCGCGUUUUCUGAUGUGAUCGGAGAGCGUGCCGCCGGGGACGUACUCAAGGAAGAGAUUGAACACGCGCUUGCCGUUUUCGCGCGUUUUGUCGGAGCCCAAGCACUUGACGAUGUAAGGGGAGCAGAGGUGGGAAAGCAGAGCCUCCUCUUUCUGUAA